AAAUUGGGUUAAUUUCAAUCCCCCCCCCCUCCCCCCCCCCAACAACAACAAAACGGAGUUCACCAAACAAGUUUUCGUGUCUCUGAAGAUUACAUUGUAAUUCUCCGUCUUCUGUAUGUCUUUUGAAUCUAAGUUGGGUUUCCUAGAUGUACUGCACCAAAAUUUAAAUGAGUUUUAAGAAGCUUUUAUUUUUAUGUGUUUUCUGCUCAACUACGUAGAGAGAGUGAGAGAGUUGAGUUGAGUUGAGCCGGAGAUUGUUUGAACUUGACUUGAAAACUUAGUAAGCUUUAAACGUGUUCAAUUCAAGCUUAAUUUCUUUACAUAAUGAGUCAAUCUUGAACGAGUUUUUAAUGAACCGAAUACGAGUCGAGCUCGAGUAAGCUUUUUGUAUUGCAUAGAUACUUAUCAUGUCGAGCAGCAGCUUGUUUAAGUUUUUAAAAUGAGUUCAAGCUUGGCUAGCUUUUAUAAUGAGCCGAUCUCAGACGAGUUUUUAACGAGCCGAAUAUGAGUCAACAUCGAGUAGUCUGGUUUGUUUUGCAGCCCUAUGUGUGCAGUGUGCAAAGAUAUGACUACUCAGGCUACGGAGCCUCUUCUGGAGAGCCAAGUGAAUCCAAUACAUAUGCUGACAUAGAUGCAGUAUACGAAUGUCUCGAGACAGAAUAUGGAAUUAGCCAGGAAGACUUGAUUCUCUAUGGACAGUCAGUCGGAAGUGGACCGACACUGUACUUAGCAGCUAAGCUGCCAAGGUUGAGAGGCGUAGUUCUCCAUAGUGCUAUUCUUUCUGGCCUUCGUGUAGUCUGCCAUGUCAAGUUCACGUUUUGCUUCGAUAUUUAUAAGAAUGUUAACAAAAUUCGGAAGGUGAAGUGCCCUGUGCUAGUGAUACACGGCACAGAAGAUGAAAUUGUAAACUGGUUUCAUGGUAAUGGACUAUGGAAAAUGGCAAGGGACCCUUACGAGCCGUUAUGGAUUAAAGGAGGUGGACACUGCAACUUGGAGUUGUACCCGGACUAUAUCCGCCAUCUUUGCAGAUUCAUCCAAGAAAUGGAGAACAUAACAACAGAAAUCUGCCUUCGAAAGAUCAAGCAGAGCCUCCGUCUACAGAAGAGGUCUCAUUCUGCCAACACGUGCUGUUGGAUCAAGUUCCAGCUACCCAAUUGCCCAGAAUGUUUGAAUCAAAGCUGCAUAAAAUGUUUAUGCUGCCCAAAACGGCAAUGUAGAUGCCCAAAAUGCUGGAUACCGGGCUGUCUAAAAUGUUUAUGCUGGUGUUAGUUAUGGAUCGGUAUACAGAGCAAUUUUUAAUUAAAACAGGAUGAUGAAGGUGACGAGAUUGUAUAGUGUUAGUAAUGGGCGCCCAUGUGGCAUGACCAUUAAAUUUGAAUUUGAAUCCUUAUCCAACUAGGUUUUGAAUUUGAAAUCAAACUUAUUUAGGAUAAC